CCGCCCACCUGUGUCGCUAGCCAAUCAUCACUUCCGUCUUGCCCGAGUAAGCGGGAAACCGGCUUUUCACGGUGUAGACUGCAAAUAAUUCCCGUAUUGAAUUUAUGUCCUCGGUGUUUUAUGAAAUGCCCGACUUAUUAUGUGAUUUUAAACGACUGCUGCCAAAACCAGAGCUGUGACACAGCUCAGAACUCUCUUCCUGGCCUUUAAGCUAACACCUUACGCUAGCUGGAUCAUCACGUUAGCAAACGGGACGUAGACGAUCAUGAGCUAGACAUCACAGAGGAUUUUGUAGCUGAAUAGAAACAGACAAAGGAUUGCCACUGUUAGACACAGACAUCGAAGACCAUCGGAAAUGAGUCGAUUCAAUUUAGACCGUUUUCGUUUCGAGAAGAAGAUAACCAACAAAGAUCCACGUUGCGUGUCCAAAAGUCCGGAUUCUGAAAAGGAGAACGAGCCAGCUCAAAUGAAGUCCUUUAAGGCCACGCCAAAGUCCCACACACGAGGAGUGGUUUUUGAAGAAGUCAUUUCCAUAGAUUUGGAGGAAGAUGAUUUCCUGGCUGAGACAAACACAAAAAAGGCAUUAACCACGAAGAACAAGAGCCCUUUUUGGAAGCCACCCAAAGAUGAAGGAUCACAACAUGUAGAUGAUGAGGACGAGGAGAUGGAUGAGAAGAUAAACACGCUGCUGGAAAUGUUUCCUCAGCUGUCGAGAACUGAUGUGCUAGAGGUCACCGGAAGUACGAGCACAUUGGAAGGCGCAAUAGCUGUCUGCCUUUUAAAAUUUGGUGACAAAGAAGCUCCAAGUGAAGGCAGGAAGAGAAAGCAGGAAGAAUCUAGCUGUUCUCAGGACAGUAUUGAUAUUCAACCGAGUAAGAAAAGGAAAUCAUCUGUGGUCACUGAUGAAGAAGAGGGCGAGGGAAAAGAACCAAGCUGGGAGAAGCAGGAGGCCAUGGUGAGAAGACUCCAGAAAAGGUUUCCUGACCAGGACAAAGAGGAGUUGAGGAUGGUGCUUCAGGAACACGACUGGGAUGUGGAAGAAGCUUUGCAGGUUCUCCAGAUGUUCUCAGAAUCAGAUUAUAGUGAUACCAGCUUAGUUAUUCCAAAAAACCAGAAAUCAAAAGCCAAAGAUGUGUCAACCAGGGACUACUCAGAGGACAACACUGACACAGAUGGGAACAAUCCAGGCGAUACAGAAAACGGUAGUUCCAGCUCUGUUUAUUUAGAAGAACAAAAACCCAAAAGGAAACAAAUGUCAAUCAGAAAACGCACAGAUGCAAAUGACUACAAGUAUAAUGAUGGGGAAAGGGAAAACAACUGUGAGGAUCCUAAAGACGAUGGAGGCACUGGUGAAGCAGAUGGGAAUAGUACAGAUGGUACAAAGGACAGUGAAGACGAGUCGGAUUCAGGGGACGACAAAACCUCUAAAAUCAAAGGUGGCAUUUACACCAUGAAAUUUCUGAAGACGUCCUUGUCAACCUCUACCUCUUCCACCUUAAAGCCUUCAUCUUCCUCCUCCACCUCCGAGGUUUUAUCCAAAUUUUCUAGCGAUACGAGCAUAGCUAAGAAGCAGGCAGCUGAGAGGAAGAAGGCGGCGCAGGCCGCCGAUGAACAAGUCAGUUCUGAUGACGAAGAGGACAUAGUGACAAGCGAGUUUGAGGAUUCAGAUGACGAGCUGGAGAGUGACAAUGGCAGGAUGGACGUGAAAAAGGAGAUGCUUGCAUUUUUCCAGGAUGCAUCCAUAGAUGAGCUUUCGCUGAUUGGUGGCUGUUCUGUUAAAAAAGCCCAGAGGAUCGUGGAACUGAGACCUUUUGAUAGCUGGGAAUCCCUGUGGGAUGUCUUCCAUAAGGGAAACGGACUCUCGGAUGAUUUGCUGCAGGGCUGCAAAGUCGUUCUCAAAGAGAGGAAGGUCAUCCUUGGACUCAUGUCCAAAUGUCAGACCAUUUCUUCAAAAAUGGUUAAGUGGGUCACUGAGGUGAUGGAGAAUGGAACUGGUUCUACAGAACAGCCCAGUUUACUUAACAGCCAGUUGUAUCUCAAACCGUAUCAGCUGAUCGGUCUAAAGUGGCUGAUGCUUCUGAAUGAACACAGCCUGAGCGGCAUCCUCGCUGAUGAAAUGGGUUUGGGGAAAACCAUCCAGGCGAUAGCGUUUCUGGCCCAGCUGUACGAGAACGGAAUAGAAGGUCCUCAUCUCAUCACUGUGCCUUCAUCCACACUGGAUAACUGGGUUAGAGAGCUGAGGCUGUGGUGUCCAGCUCUCGAAGUCCUUAUUUAUUAUGGAUCCGUGGAAGAGCGCCGCUACCUCAAACACGACAUCCUCAACGGGGAAGUUCACUUCAAUGUCAUUGUGACCACGUAUAACUUGGCCAUAGGAAACGACAGCGAUCGAGGCCUUUUUCGUAGGCUGAAUAUCAAGUAUGCUAUCUUUGAUGAAGGCCACAUGUUAAAGAACAUGAACACUCUGCGCUACCGCCACCUCAUGUCCAUUAAUGCAGAGCAUCGUCUGCUGCUCACAGGAACUCCUUUACAAAACAACCUGUUAGAGCUGAUGUCUCUUUUGAACUUCAUCAUGCCCAGCAUGUUCUCCAGCUCCACAAUGCAGCUCUCCAAGAUGUUUUCUAUGAAAUCUCACGAGGAACAAAGCCGAUUUGAGAGGGAUCGAAUUACUCAGGCCAAACUUAUCAUGAAACCCUUUAUCCUGCGCCGGGUCAAAAAUGAGGUUCUCAAGCAGCUGCCGGCCAAAGAAGAGAAGAUAGAGUUCUGCUCCAUGAGUGAGAAACAGCAGGCUCUCUACGAGGCCCUCUUAACAAAACUAAAGAGUACUAGUAGUGGAGAGAAGCGUGAGCUGUGUAAUGUAAUGAUGCAGCUGAGGAAGAUGGCCAACCAUCCUCUUCUUCACAGACAGUACUACACCACAGAAAAGCUUCAGGCCAUGAGCCAGCUUAUGCUCAAGGAGCCAACCCACUACGACGCCAGUGCUGCUCUGAUUCAGGAAGACAUGGAAGUGAUGUCCGAUUUUGAGCUCCAUCGUCUGUGUCAGCAAUACUCCUCCAUCAGCUCCUUCCAGCUUGACACCAGUCUUCUACUUGACUCUGGGAAAUUCCUCCACCUAAAAGAGCUGCUGGCCUCUCUAAAAAGCAAGGGAGACAGAGUGGUGUUAUUCAGUCAGUUUACCAUGAUGCUAGACAUUGUGGAAGUGCUCCUGAAACAUCUUCAGCAUCGUUAUGUCAGACUGGAUGGAUCCACUCCCAUUGCUGACAGGAUUGUUUUGAUUGAUGAGUACAACACAGACCCUGACAUAUUCGUGUUCCUGUUAUCAACACGUGCCGGAGGGCUUGGCAUCAACCUCACCUCUGCUAAUGUUGUCAUCCUGCAUGAUAUCGACUGCAAUCCCUACAACGACAAACAGGCAGAGGACAGAUGUCACCGCGUGGGCCAGACCAGGACGGUACAGGUGAUAAAGCUGAUCAGUAAGGACAGCAUAGAGGACUGCAUCCUGCAGCUCGGUCACAAAAAGCUAAAGCUAGAACAAGACAUGACUACUGCUGACCAAGAUGGUGGAGGGACCAUACUUGAAGAUAUGGCAUCGUUGCUCAAAGCCUCUCUGGGACUGUGAGAUAUAAACACAUCCAGCUUGAAACUCAACUGAACUGGAGCUCUUGUGAUUGUAGGCAGGCUGCUGAAAACAAUAUGCUGCCAUGAAAGCAGCUCUGCAGCAUGGCAGCUGUGCCUAAAACACAGCUUUUACCUGCUCGGUUUUCAUUCUCCACGUAUUAACUGCCUUUUGAUUAUCAACACUGUACAUGUUUGGCCAGGUUAACAA